ACGGGGCGCGAGCGGGGACAAAAGCUAUUUCAUUUCCCCCCUUCCCUGUGUCGGGGUUGAGCUGGGCAAGGGGCGGGCCGAGGAUGGAGGAUAAGCCCUACAGCAGCCUCAAGCCCUCUCUGGACAGACUCACUCUGGGGAUCAUCCGGAUAUUAGAAACUUCUCCAGGAGUCACUGAGGUGACGUUUGUGGAAAAGGAGCCAGCCGAACGUCAUUCUAUUAUUUCCUGGGAACAGAAAAACUCCUGUGUGCUGCCAGAGGAUUUGAAGAAUUUCUACCUAAUGAGUGAUGGCUUCCACAUGACCUGGAGUGUGAAGUUUGAUGAUAACCCCAUGCCACUGGGCUCCAUGAUGAUUAACAGCAUCUCCAAGCUAUGUCGCCUCGUCGGAUCAUCGGCAUAUGCUCUACCCAGUGCUCCAACCCUUGCUGACCUGGAAGAUGAUACGGAUGAGGAAGGUAAUGAAGACCAGCCAGAAAAGCCUCAUUUUGACCCUCGUAGCCUGAUAUUUGAAUUAGACGCAUGCAAUGGGAACGGGAAAGUUUGCCUUGUUUAUAAGCACACCAAACCAGUGGUCACCCCAGACACGGAGAUUUGGUUUCUGGACAGAGCUCUGUACUGGCAUUUCCUGACGGACACCUUCACUGCCUACUAUCGACUGCUGAUCACUCACCUGGGCCUCCCGCAAUGGCAGUAUGCCUUUACCAGCUACGGCAUCAGCCCCCAGGCUAAGCAAUGGUUUAACAUGUACAAACCCAUCACCAUCAAUACAGCCCUACUUGCGGAAGAAGCUGACUCCUUUGUGAAUAAACUGGACCCCAACAAGGUAUUUAAAAGCAAGAACAAAACUCCCGUGCUCAAAAAGAAAUUGCCAUCCCAGCCCGCAGGCUCCCAGAAAAGUCACACGAGCACAACCUCCUCCAAGGUCUCUUCCCUCGCCGGGAACUCGCUGCGGAGACGAGAACCACAAACCUGACUCUGGGAAGCGAUUUCAUUCCUGGUCGUUCAAACCCCACUGUGGUGUCUCUCCAGUUUGGAUCAAACCACUUCUCAGGCAGGAAGAGACUUCCCAGUGCAAGCCAUGUUGCACCAUUUGCAUGAAAUACAACCACAAUUUAUUCAAUGGAAGACACGGCUGGAGACUCAGAAAGCUGCAGGUCCUAGCGAGAUGGUGGUUAAUUCCUUUCUGUUGUGCUGGGCAAAUACUUCUGAGGGUGGAUCAAAAUGCCACAGAAGUCAUUGAGCUGGGUGGAGUGUGUUACCGCUGGUAAAGUACAGCAAUGAAAUAAAGUAAAUUAACUCU